AUGAGCAGUAAGACUGACGGGAAAACCACCAACGAUGAGAGGAUCGGUAAACAUCAGCAGCACCUGCGGAGGCAGCGAGACGCCGUGGCCUACAGGAUGAAGAAACUGGCAGCCAAGCAGGUGGAGAUAACAAAAAAGACCAACGACGUGAAGGAGAAACUGCAGAAGAAGUACGAGGACAUGAGGCGGGUGCUGGAUGAGGACCUCCGCAUCGCGCUGACCCAGCUGGACGCCGAGCGCCGGGCCAUGGAGAAGCUGGUGGAGGACAAGAUGGAGGACUGCUACCAGCUGACUCAGGAUCUGGACCAGGAGCUCAGCAACCUCACUGCGGAGGUGAAUUCAGACAGACGGGAGCGUCACGUACAAAAUCCAGGGAUGAAAAAAAGGAUUUCCGAGACGCUGAGGCUGACCGACCCGGAUCUGAUCCACAUGGACGAUUUCAAGAACGAGCAGCUGCUGAGCCUGGCCGUCAACCUGCUGGUGUUCAUCAGGUCUCAGGUCCCCGUCGCCAAGAAGCUGCUCCAGAGCUAUGCUGCAGAUGUUGUCCUGGAUCCCGACACCGCCCACCCGAAGCUGGUCAUCUCCCCCGAAGGGGACUCGGCCUCCUACACGGACACCUGGCAGGACGUCCCGGAGACGCCGUCCCGCUUCGACAACACCCUGAACGUCCUGAGCCGGCGGUCCCUGAGCGAGGGACGCCACUACUGGGAGGUGGAGGUGGGCGGGAAGACCUACUGGGAGCUGGGGCUCACCUACCCCGGCAUCCCCCGCAAGGGCGGCGAGGGCGAGGAGGCCUGCUGGCUGGGCCGGGGCCCGGAGUCCUGGUGCGUGGAGUACUUCAACGGGGACUACAACGCCUGGCACGGCGGCGUCCAGCACGAGCUGCCGCUGGUGGCGGAGAGGAAGUUCAGCCGGAUCGGGGUGUUCUGCAGCUUCCCCGGCGGCCUGGUGUGCUUCCUGGGGGCCGACACCAUGACCCCCAUCCACUGCUUCUGCGCCGGGACCUUCGCCGGCGCCGUCCACCAGGCCCUGUGUCCCGGACACGACAACGACGGCACCAACUGGACGCCGCUGCGAAUCUGCGACGCGUCCAGAUCGGCUCCCGUCCUCUGAGACGCCCCCCCCCCCCCCGACAUAUUCUUGUCAUGUGACCCGGCACACGACCAGCGAGUCUAAAUCUGCCCCGCUGGAAUUUAAAAUGAGGCUCUAUUUUAGAUUUACAGGUCCUGUAAAUCAGCUGCUGUCAUGCAGACUUUCUUUUAUGUAUGAGGCGACAGCAAAGGCUUCACAGCACCCACGUGAGGAAAGAUGCCAAGACAGAAGACAGGAAACCACCUGUUUAUGCAGACUAUAAAUGGCCUCAUUCAUUCUUUCCUCUGCACGGAUCAGUCAUCCUGGUCCCUCUGCAGUAAAACAGCCCCAAAGCAUGAUGUUUCCACCCCCAUGCUUCACAGUAGAUGUGGUGUUCUUUGGAUGCAAUUCGGCAUUCUUUCUCCUCCAAACACGGGAGAACCUGCACAACUGGUGGCUGAAUAAAUACU